AUGGCUUCGAAAGCUGGGCCCGGAGCUGGAGUGCCUGGUAAGGCGCUGAGCCGCUUGCAGCACUGGCAGAAGGGAGCCUCCGACAAGUGGCAGAUCCUGCAGCUGGCGCGCGAGGUUGUGGCGGCGCUAUGGAUGCCUACGGUGUUGUGGGGCAACACCAGGAGGAGCCCUUGGCUGCCAGCCAUGGCGGUCUCGCACAUAACCCUCGUCCUGGCACUGGCCCACGCUGCUUACAAGCGGCUGAAGCGUCUGCAGCAACCAGGUGCUCGUGCCGUAGCGCUGGUAGACCAGAUGGAUGUGCUGCACCGUGCACCUCCACACGCAUGGUUGCGACUUCUGUGGGCCUCGUUUCUCGCAGCCAAUGUCACCUUGACUCAUUUGGGCGCCUUAGUGUACCACUUCGAUCGCCGCGUGACUCCGCCAAGCCUGCGGUGCUUCCGUGGCUGGCUGCUGACGGUAGGCUUUUGUGUGGGGUCUUGGUCCCUGGCGCUGCAGUACGUCUAUUCCGAGUGGGUGUAUCUGCGCAGCGGGGUGCAAAUCUCCAACUUCCUGUACACAGAGCGCCUUGCCGCGAAUAGGCAGGCGACAGUUGCAGUGCGGCCAGGUAAGGGCGGCCUGGAGAGGUGCGGCAGAGCGCGCUUUGCGCUCUCGGGCCUUAUGCUCAUUGACUUGCCCAAGGCACUUUCACCAGAGGAGGCGGCGGAAGAGUUGGGGUUGACAAAGGGCCAUCAGCACUUCACCUCCAUCCCAAGCGGCGAGGAGGUCUUCCGUCGUUUCCGGCGGUUGAACCUCCGUGAGACCUUCUCUGCAUGUGUCGUCGAGAAGCUGUUGGAGAGUUUUCCGCCAAAUCACCGGCGCCGGAAGUACAUGGAUGGCCCAACGUUUAGAGAGCGCCUAGACUACCACCAGUACAUCGUCUUCCCCGCGGGGCUCAAUGCGCACAUUACAGCGAACAAGAACAACGAAGCCACCAAGCUCCAGAAGGCUCCGUUGCGGGAUGCGGAUGUCAUCGUUUAUUCCCUGGAUGUAGCCAUUGAUUCCGAGCAGUUGCGAAGCGUGAACUCGCUGCUGUCAUACUUGAAGAACUUCACCAUCAAGGACACCAUGACGCUCUCGCGACCCUCACAAGCCAUCCGGGACUGCCGCACCGGACGGCGAAGCUUGGUCAAAGCCUGGUGGCAACAUGCGGUGAAGGCUGUCCAGAUCAUUUGCAAGAUUCCCAAGAGGGAGCUCUGCGCUGAGGACCUCCAAUUGCGUGCAACAACCAAAGAAAGGUAUAUCUCUGCGGUCAAUGAUGCACGUGAAGUGGAGCAGCAAGUGAGGGCUGUGGGUGCUCCGGAGGGGCAGCAGCUGGAUGCCAAGUCAGCGGCCAUUCUUGAGCACGUGCGGGACAUGCAGAUGAAGCUGAAGCUGAAGGACAUCCUGGACUGGCGCGUGCAAGCUCGCGAGCGCGCUGAUUUGCCGGAGGUUGGGAAGGCGAAGGAAGAAGAGGAAGAGGAUGUCAGCCAAGGCAAAUCACCAAAGAGCAAGGCGCUCGUGAAGGAGCAGAUCCGUCCAAUGCCAGGCACCCUUCAGGUGAAGGUGAAUUUCCAGGGGUUCCAGGUCUUCUUUCUUGUGGCGCAGGGCGGGUUUUGGUACACCAAGUGCAAGCCAGGCAACCUCGUGGAUGAGGAGCGGCCUGAAGAGCACGAGCUGGUACCCAGGAGGACCAAGAUGCAAUCUCGUCAGCCGGUGGUUUCAGCAGCCAUCAACAACAUUGUGCUGGAGGUUGUGCAGAAGGGCCACAAGAACUACCGCAUUGCCAGGUGGAUCGAGCUCACCGUCGGCAGCCUCGAUGUGGAGAACCUGAAUGCAAACAAGACGCAGCCAAGUCGGACGAUUGUCAGUCUGAAGUCAGUGCAGAAGCACAAGGGCUUGCCAAUGUGCAUCUUCCUGGGUCUGAACACCUUCGAGUUGCUGGACACCAGCUUCACCACGGGUGACACGCCCUUGUCCGCCGUGUUGGAACCAUGGGAAGGUCUGCUUGGUCACACCAAGGAUCAGGCAACACCCACCACCCCGGCGAUGCUGCAGAACUUGGGGUUCUUGAAGGAUCAGGUGCGUGAUGUGGGCAAGUCUAUGACCUUUGCCUUUGCGCGCAUCGGGGAGGUGCAUGCUUUGGACUGGGCACCCUUCCGGCGCCGGAUGCUGUUCUUCAGCAAGCGGGGCCUGAGUGACAUGGACAUGGCCACCGACCUUGUACGAAGACCCUCUCCGGAGGCACUGAUGAAGGAACUGCUGGUGCGCUUGCAACGGAAGGUUGAGAUGGCGGUGGGCAAGUCCAACAUGCUGGGCUCUUUGGAGGUCGAGCUGGAUGGUGUCAACGCUCGCAGCGUUGACAACUACAAUCGCGGCAUGAUGCUUUGCAAGCAGGCGAAUCUCAGCCCCUUGCUGCUGAAGGUUCACUGUUCUGGACAGCCCCAGGCAUUCCAGGUGCAAGUACACCAUCUGCGCCAUGAAGCCUCGGCAGCACCAUCGCUGAGCAUGCUCACGGGCGACGGGGGAGUUAACAUGCUGCCGUGGAAAUCAACGAUGCUGCUCUUGCCGCAGGACGACUUCCAUUGCACGGCAGGCGCAGAUCGCAAAUUGAAGACCAAGGAGACGCGCUCAAGCUCGGCGAAGAGAAGCACUAACUGGGACUCCCAGUCCCAGUCUCCAGCGCGAAAGUCACGUUCGCCGGGCAAGAAGCAGAGCCCCGCAGACACUCAGCAGACUCUGCAGGUGACCCUCCAGGGUGUUGCAUCCAUUGCCACCUCGGAGGAGUCACCAGACGGCCGGAUGGCUUCAGAGUCGCUGGAGCCCCUUCAGCCAGCCUACUUCGUGAAGUGGUGCCGCAAUGGACGAGGCAAGUUGAGGUACGUUGAAUGGAAGGAAGACCUGAAGGCCAUUGUUUGGAAGGACCAUGAGGAGAGCGCAAAGCCUGCAGGAGUCUUCCCAGUGUGGAAGAUUCAGGACAUAUGCGUCGGCAAGCAUACGCCUGUUCUGCAAGAGGCGGAGAAACCGAAGACAUCUUGCUGCCUGCGGUCUAGAGGCGCUCACAAGCUGAAGCUCCACCUGGUGGUGUCCGUCAUCGCGGAGGACCGCACGCUGGAUUUGCAGGCUGAAACAGCCGAGCAGCACAAGCGAUGGGCAGAGGGCCUCGUGGCAAGGUUCCGUGCCCAUGUUCGCAGUGAGCAUUCCAGUGAGGCAUUUGCCACCGACGAAAAGGUGAACUAUCGGACCUAUCCAGCCAAACUCAGGAGUGAUCGAUGUGAGCUGCGCCUGGCGUGUGAGAAGCUGCAGGCCAUGACGUCCUUCAGCAACACAGUGCAGGUCAUGCAGGGGAUGGAGUCGAAGGAUUUGGAGGAGCCGAAGCCACGGAGACCGUCGCUCAUAGAGCAGGCCAUGAGUGAGGCGAAGGCGUGCAGAUUCUGCGGCCAGCCGCUUCCGCUGUUGGACAACACCUGCGCCAGCUGCUUGCAACCACAGGAUGCAAAGCCUCCAAGACCGUCGCUGCGGGAUGAGGUCGUCCGAAUUUCGUCUCAACAAUGA